GAAUAAUAUAAAAAUACCCCAAACAGUAAUUCCGAAAAUUACUAAAUAAAAUUAUAUUAGGUCCAGUAUCUAAAUAUGGCCACCUAAUUAAAUUUUAUAAUGGGAUAAAUUUUUGUCUCCAAAAUUUAUUGACUAAUCUACAAAAAUGAUAGCGGUAAAAACUACUAAACUAGUAACUUUGGAGAUUUUCCCUCAUGCUAUCAAAGCCAGUUUCAAUGGAGCACUCUCUCCGGAAGACAUCGGGUUAUCACUGAAGAAGGGAGGGUUCAAAGGAGGUUUUCGCAUCACUGCCAUCAGCAAAUCUCAGGUUAUCAUCAAUCUCAAUUUGCGUAGCGAAUUCAUUCGCUUACUAUCCAGAAAUUUCUGGAAAACGAAUGGCUGCACACUCAAUCUCUCCAAAUGGGAUCCAAGUAUAGAUGAAAGGAAUGACAGCCCCAUAUCUCUGGUUUGGGUUACAUUCAAAAGGCUUCCUUUCUUCCUUUCUGACAAUAGCACCCUAUUCUCCAUAGCCAGUGCACUUGGAACCCCAAUCCAGAUGGAUGAUACCACAGCUCGUGGUGGGUACUUCCAGACGGCUAGGAUCCUUUUGGAGUUGGAUGUUUCUAAACCCAAACGUUCCUCUAUCCUGAUUCGAAUAAGCACUUGGGAAAGAACGGUGGAGCUUCUGUAUGACCUCCCCUUAUACUGCAAUUGCUGUAAGCGGAAGGGUCACUUCUGCAAACCAAUCUCAAAGCCCGCCGGAAAAGUCCUCGCCGGCAGGACAUCCAAUGAGAGGCUUCAGUCCACCAAGAGCCAUCCAAAAUCCAGUCAGGAUUGGAUCAGGGUUCAGAGUAAGAAGGAAAGAACAAGUCACAAAAGGACAACCAACAAAGAGCCAACAUGGGUGGCCACUUGCUCCAUAUUGCCAAACACGGAGGACAGCCAACCUACUACACUUCACUAUACUACUGUCCCCACUUCUUUGAAACCCUUGGUAUCUAGCAGAUCAAGGUCCCGAAGUCCAUGUGAGGCACCUAGCUCAAAUUGUUUGGUUGGGGACAUGCACUUCGUACAAGAUGCAGCCCCCUUGUCCAAGCAUCCAUGUCCCCCCUCCACUAUGGUCAAGGUGGCAGUAGCUUCCAACGAACACACAUCCACCAUUGAUUCAUUAGCUCUCCUAUCUACUGUGGUUGAGAACAAUAGCCCGGGCACUCCGGUGUGUAUUCACUCAGAUGGGGAAGGGGAAAGGCUUCUGGAUAAAAGCCCCAUAGCUGCUCUUGAGGGAAAAUUCACACAGUUCAAAGAGAAUGCUUUAUCCUUCAUGAAGGGUAGAGGAAAAAAAACCCUUAUGGCUCCUCUUAGCAUGACUCUGAGGAGCAAAGCUAGAACUCUUCACUCCUUCUAUUAAUGAUCUUGAUCUUUUGGAAUAUUCGAGGUGUUCGUAAGUCCUCCCCAAGAAUCCAAACUCUCUGUGCAGCUCAUAAACCCUCCUUUUUAGCUUUUAUGGAACCACUUCUUGAUGAUUCUCAUUUAGACACCUUCAAAAGGCAGUUUGGAAUGACUAAGGCAUCCUCUCAUCUUAAUAAGCAGCUCUGGAUCAU